AUGGCCAAAGUCAAGAUCCUCGUCGUUUUUUUCCAGACGAUGUCGUACCUCCCAGACAUCUAUUAUCACGUGCACUGGCCCGAUCAGCUGACGCAAGUCCUCGGCCUGUUCAAUCCACUGAACCUCGACCUCUUCUCGUUGAUCCACCUGGAGUGCCUGGUGAAGAAGCUUUCGUUCUACGACCGGCUGCUGGCCGUGACGAUCGGACCGGUUCUCGCGUCGGCGGCUCUCGGAAUCGUCGCCGUGGCUUCGAGGACCAGGUCUGCCAAGUGCAUCGACCUCUUCCUCAAACUUUGUUUCUUCGUCUUCAGCUCCACGUCGACGUCGAUAUUCCAGGCGUUCGCCUGCGACGACUCCUUCGACGACGGUCGCAGCUUGCUCGCGUGCGACUACUCCAUUUCCUGCAAGACGUCCAAAUUUAGGGCCUUCAGUGCCUACGCGAUCGUGUGCAUCUUCGUCUACCCCAUCGGCAUCGUGGCUCUGUUCACGACGCUGGUGGUCGCGCGCCGCCACGCGAUCGACCCCUCGCUCGGCGACGACGGCGCGCGGCGCGUCCGCCUCGAAGAGACAGAGGCCGUCGAGCGGUGCGGCCGCGCUUCCCUCGCGGAGCAGAGCAAGAACGCGCAGCGUCGCGCGGGCGACGACUCCACGCUGAAGAGCAUCGGCUUCCUCUGGAUGCACUACCUGCCGAUGUUCUGGUGGUUCGAAAUAGCGGAGAGCGUUCGUCGCCUGCUUGUCACGGCCGUGGCGGUGACUGUCCAGCCCGGCUCCACGACGCAGCUCGCCUACGGCCUCUUGACCGCAUUUCUAUCGUCCGCGCUCUAUUCGAUCGCUCGGCCCUUUUCGAACCACCUCGACAACGCUCUCGCGAUCGUCGCUUCCACGGUGCUCGUGCUCGCCACGUUUUCCGGCCUCUUGAUCUCGGCCGAGGUGACCAAGGACGAGAGCUGGUCCGUGGUCGGAGUCGGCGCGGUCCUCGCGGGCCUCACGGUCGCGGUUGUUGUCCUGAGUGUCGUCCUGGUGCUCCUUCAGGCCAAGGCUUUACUCCAGAAGCUCGUCGCCACGAAGGAGCGUUACUGCGCGCCGGCCUGCAAUCCACAGCCUGAGCGUCGAAUUACGACCGUCAAAACGAACGCGCAGCGACCCUCCGCUCUCGAGCCCCCAAAGAGAUAA